AAAUGUCAGUUUUGACAGUAUGGAAAUUUGUUUUGUUUACGUUUUUUUUUUUGUUUCUUGAUAUUUUGUGUGUGGAAUUUGGCGAUGGAUUUUUCAGAAAAGUUAAAAUUUCGAUCAAAAAAUCGACAGAGAAAUGAAAUCGUCCUGCAGGACCUUGCAAAUGAAAUAACUUUAAAUGUCAAACCAAAACGAGGGAACUCAAACUUUAAUUCUACUCAAUCCCAAACUGAAACAGUUGUCUUCAACCACAUACUGGAUGAUGUAUGGUUUAAUAUAGCCGAUCACCUUAAUCCCGAAGAUGUUGGAACGUUUGCCUUAAUUUGCCGCCAAAGUGCAAAUGUAGUUGCUUGUGCUAUAUUUUGGAAAAAACUCUACCGACGUUUUUGUAAAGAUACAAAAAAACUUCCAGACAACUUGAGAUCAAGAUGUGAAAAUCAAAUUGGCUCAAUUCGUAGUAAUGUCAUUUGUGCAUUAUUUCAUUUAUAUCCUCCGUUCAUAGCUAGAAUCAAGAAAGGCUAUGAAAUGUCUUCAGUUCAUGGUUAUGGUUGUAAUUACAAUUGGUAUUGGAAAACUGGACCAUAUUGGUUUUUCUGUUAUAAACUAUGGAAUAAAACAAAAACAAGAAAACCCAAAGAGGAGGAGAUUGAAGAUUCAGACGAAGACGAUGAAUAUGGUCUAAAUAGUAUUCUAAAUAAACUAAAUAAUGUCUUUGAGAAUCCCGAUGAAGGAAUUUAUUUGCUUUUGGUAAUUACAAAUAAAUUUAUACCAUUACCUGAACUUCGCACUGCCAUGAUAUUGCAUUCUACACGGCAAUUACUUAAUUCCGAUUUGAGAAACACAAAUGUGGAAUUGACUUUUUUACCUGAAAACCAACAACAGACCUCAAAAUUAUCAGUGGAUAUACUUUAUACGUCAUGUAAGCAUAGAGUAAUACCAUGGUGGCAUCCGGACUUUGAAAGAGUUCAAUUAUUGUAUAAAAAACAAGAAUUCCUGAAUCGACAUCGAUCUGGUACAGAAGCCAUUUUCUGUACUUUCGUGAUCAUACAAUUAAAUCGCAAAAAAUUGCUUAGAUCUAUGACUUUUGAAAACGUCACAAAUGCUCACCAUACAACAUGGGGUAGUACUGAUAUGUAGCAAAAGAGUGAGUAUCAUAUAAACUUUAUCGUGGGAAAACUGACACUUCUUUUCGAACUUUUCAGUCAGCGGAUGACAUCUUCCCAAUUUCCACAGUUCAACAAAAAUUCAAUUAUGAUACUACAUUGCAUACCAGGAAUGAAGUUAUUUGUUAACUGCAACCGAAGAGGCGAUAGUCCAGUUACAUAGCUAAUAAGGUAAGUAGAGGUAAAAAUUGGUGUCAAAUAUAAGAUAAAUUGUACUUUUAAAAUGGAAAUUUCUAUGUGAUAACCCAAUUUUAAAGGAAAAAUUGCUACGUGACAAAAUUUGUCAUAUUUUUAAAGUUUGGUCAAAAAGGAAAUGACACCUCCCCUAGUACUGCCUGCAAAAACAGUACAUAUCAGCCAUUUGAAGGCUUUUCUUAAUCUGCUGCGAGCUCUUAGAGUAUCAUAAUUUUGUUGGUCAUAAUAUAUUCUUUAUAGUGGUUACCAUAUUUUCAGGUCUAUAUUCUUUAAAUUAGAAAUCGGCAAAAAUAAAUAUAAAAUAAGGAGCAAGAAUUUUGUUAUGUGAUUUCAAUUGACUUAAGUAUGCUGAAUUUAAAACUAUUUACAGAUUUAUUCUAUCACUUCUUGU